AUGUGUGUUGGCUUGAGCAAGGAUGGCAGCAACUUUGAGGUGACCUUUGAGUCUACAGGAGACUGGGGUCUCAUCACAACUGAAUUCUGGAUGGGAGACAACGUACACGGCGUUCCCUUUGACGAGGAGGGUUCCCUGGAUUUGGAGAGCUUCCCAUACUAUUGGUGCAACUCAACGGGAGAGACCACCCACUCCACCCACAUUGACUUCAAGUGGGCAUACCUAUGCGAAGAGAAAGAUGAGUUCUCUCUUGCUGUUGUGGCCCAAGUGACCGUUGGCAAGAUGUCUGAAGAUGGUCUGGCAAUUGAGGGUACGGAAAUUGUUUCCUUUGCUUGGAAUAUGAGAUUGACCUUCAGGAUGACACCUUUGGCUGGUUUGAUAUCCCGUGACAUGUGCUUGUGA